GACCGACGUUUCAUUGUGUUUAAACGACAACGACACUUGCGGAAACAGCUGAUUGUGAUUUUGUUGUGUCGUUGAGUUGGAGCUUGCUGACCCAAUUUCACCCCGAUUUAAUCAGAAAUCUUGGGGUUGCAUCGUUCUUUGUGACGCAAACGCACAUAAACAAAGGCAUGGAAAUGAGUGCUGCUAUGUUUGCCCGAGUCUCCUUCUAUCCCACAUUGUUGUACAAUGUGCUAAUGGAAAAGGCCACCGCACGUAAUUGGUAUGAUCGUAUCGAUGAGAAUGUCAUCUUGGGCGCUUUGCCAUUUCGCUCUCAGGCAAAUGAUUUGAUUAAAAAUGAAAAUAUGAAAGCUGUGGUAUCCAUGAAUGAAGAUUAUGAAUUAACAGUAUUUUCAAAUAAUGCCCCCAAAUGGCAAUUGUUGGGAGUGGAAUUUUUACAAUUGGCCACCACUGAUAUCUUCGAAUCGCCUUGCCAAGAUAAACUCUUCAAGGGUGUUGAAUUUAUUAACAAAUUUCUACCUCAAAAUGAUCGUAUAAAGAAUUUAAGUACAACAUCAAAUCCGGAGAAUAUUGGAACUGUUUAUGUUCACUGCAAAGCUGGGCGAACACGUAGUGCAACAUUGGUGGGGUGUUAUUUAAUGAUGAAAAACGGCUGGACACCUGAAAAAGCUGUCGAACAUAUGCGUAGUUGUCGACCUCACAUAUUGUUACAUACCAAACAAUGGGAUGCCUUAAGAUUGUUCUACAAAAAGAAUGUGGAAAAGUCAUGACCUGAUGCAGCUGAAGGAGACUUAAGAAAAUAAUCUGAACCAAGCAAAUAGCUUUAUUAUAUUGUUAGAAUAAUGAAUAACAAUACAUUAGAAAUUUUGUGUGAACUUCCCUUUUGUAUGUUAAUUUAUAUUGAGAUUGUUAUGUAAAUUAAAUAAUAGAUUUUUUGUAAACAAAA